UCGCGCUUUGUGGACUACAUCCGGCGGCGCAAGACGGUGGCGCUGGAUGAGCUGGCGGCGGAGUUUGGCAUGCGCACGCAGGAGGUGAUCAAGCGGGUGCAGGAGCUGGAGGCGGAGGGCGGCAUCACCGGCGUCAUGGAUGACCGCGGCAAG